AUGGGCCAGUUCGUUCGCGUGAAGACUUCCGACCUAAUCCCGGCCGAGAAGAUGCCAUUUCCCGAGAAAUGGAAUAUGGAGCCGGUCUCUUGGAUGCCCGGUGCAAUUCCUAGCCUCGAGAUCUGGGUUCGGGACCUGGCUUCGACCUCUUCAUACGCUGAGUGCUCAUGGCGUGAUUUGCCUCAGACAAGAUGCUAUCAUGAGGCAUCCGUCCGGGAGGAGGAGGUUUCGCCCCCGGCCCCGAAACCGACGAAGGAUAAAAAGAGAAAAAGGGUCUCGACCUCCGAGGAUCCAAAGCCCAAGAAAAGUAAGGCUCGUAAGCCGAAGAAAGACAAAGUCGCUCUGCUUGCUGAGUCGGCGGGUAUGUCUGAAGGGGCCCGCUCCAAGGCCCUUCGAAAUGAAGAGAACGUCCCAAGUGAUUCACUUGGGGCAAUAGUAAUUGGAGACUCGCCGACUCUCCCUGCAUUUUUCGAGGAGGAAAUUCAGGAUGCCCAAGCUUUGAGGACUCCCGAUGUGGAAGGAGCCCACGAAGGGGAGGACCUUUUUCGUGGUUGCUUUACAGGAGUUGAGGAUGCUACCGCCCUGAGUGAGGCCUUAACACUCCAUCGGGAGGCAUUUUCUAAAUCUCGAGCAGACCUGAGCCGAUGCGAGGCCGAUCUUCAAAAGCUCACGAAGGAGAGAAAUGCCCUCAAACUUCUCAGCGGGCAAAAAGAAGAGAAGAUCAAGGACCUCCGAGCCGAAUUGGCCACAGUUCACAAAGAACAGACCGACCUGAUUGAGCAGGUUCAGCAGAAGUCCGAAAAGAUCGAACAGCUCCGUAAGGAGGUUAACAUGAUGAGGGCGGAGACCUUGGGGUGGAAACAAAACAUGGAGCGCCUUGCCUCGGAGAAAGAUGCUGCUCGAGCCCAACUGUCAUUGGCCGAAAGUCAGCUUCAAGGCAUCAAGGAGGAAAGAUCAGCUCAAGCCAAGAAAAUAGAGGAGCUCGAGGCUCGGUUGGCUGCCGAACAUGCAAAGGUUAAGUCUGAGGCAGAAAAAGUAAAGGCUGACGCAGAGGCCGCUCAAAAUCGAGCUUUUUGGAUUGCCGAGCUCACCAAGUGCCAAUAUCGGAGGGAAACUCUCGAGGAGAUCCAUGCUAGAGGUUUCGAUCUUACUGACGACUCAAGGAAAGCCAAAGAGCUUGAAGAUGAUGCCAAGGCAUUGGCCUCCUCCGACGAUGACGAUGACCAUGAUGCCGGAAGCAAGAGCGAUUCCGAGAGUGUGGAGUACCUCGAUGGAGAGGGAGAUGCCCCCGAAAAUAAUUAG